AGAAGUGUACAAGAAGUGGAAGCAGGGGUGGAUUAGGAAAGCCAAGGCCAACCUGGAGCUGAAUCUGGUGAGGGAUGUGAAGGGCAACAAGAAAGGUUUCUACAAGUACGUUAGCAGCAAAACGAAAAUGAGGGAAAACAUGGACCUGCAGCUGAAUAGGCCAGGGGAAGUGUUGACAAAUGACAUGGGAAAGAACAAGGAUCUCAAUGCCACCUUUGCCUCAGUCUUUACUAGUAAGCCUGCCCUUCAGGAAUCAGGCCUCUGAGAACAGAGGGAAAGUCUCAGACCUUCAGAAGAGGACAACCAGGUGAGGGAGCACUUAAACAAACUGGACAUAGAGAAGUCUGUGGGGCCUGAGCACCCACAAGUGCUGAGGGAGCUGGCUGAUGUCACUGCAAGGCCACUCUUGAUUAUGUCUGAAAGGUUAUGGCAGCUGGGAGAGGUUCCUGAAGACUGUAAGAGAGCAAAUGUCACUCCUAUCUUCAAGAAGGGCAAGGAGAAAGAUCCAGGGAACUACAGGCCAGUCAAGGUCCCCUCAUACCCUGGGAAGGUGAUGGAGCAAAUAAUCCUGGAAAACACUUCCAAACACAUGAAGGACAAGAAAGUGACUGGGAAUAGUCAGCAUGGAUUUACAAAGGGGAAAUCAUGUUUAGCCAACCUGAUAGUUAUCAACAACGAGAUGACUAGCUCGGUGGAUGAGAUGACAGGAGUGGAUUUGCUUAGCUCAAGUUUAGUAAGGCUUCUGACACUGACUGCCUCCCAUAACAUCCUCAUUGACAAGCUGACGAAGUACAGGUUAGAUAAGUGGACAGCAAGGUGGAUUGAAAACUGGCUGAACAGCCAGGUCCAGAGAGUUGUGAUCAGCUGCAAAAAGUCCAGUUUGAAGCAAGUCAUUAGUGGUGUGCUCCAGAAGUCGAUACCAGAGCCUACACUUUUUAGGAUCUUCAGUAAUGACCUGGAUGAUGGCACAAAGUGCACCUUCAACAAGUUCACAAAUAAUACAAAACUGGGAGUGGCUGAUAGACCAGAGUGGUGUGUUGUCAUUGAGAUCAAUCAGGACAGGUUCAUGAGACUGGAUGAGAGUAACCUCAUUAGUUCAAAAGAGGGAAAUGCAAAGUCCUGCCCCUGGGGAGGAAGAACAUCAGUCACCAGUACAUGCUGGGGACUGACUGACUGA